AUGGUUCGCCCUCGCCAGCCCGCAGCCAAGGGUCAUGAAGAGGAACAUGAGCAGUUAGCGCGUAGGGAAGGACCCGUAUUCGAAUAUGUAUAUUGGACGAAGGAGCCUCACCUCCGAAAGCUUUAUGCGUGGGCGUGCGUUUUAAUGAUAGCCUCAGCGACUACUGGAUACGAUGGAAUGUUAGUCAAUACGUCUCAACAGAUUGACCGAUGGAAGCAAUAUUUUCCAAAGACGCAGGCUGGGCCCGAUAAUCCCCAGGAGGUAGCCGAUAGCUGGUUAGGACUCCUCGUAAAUAUGUUCAAUAUCGGGAGCAUCUUAAGUUUCUUCCUCACGCCAUAUGUUGCUGACAAUUGGGGCCGGAAAACGUCGAUAGCAAUUGGAUGUGUCUUUAUGAUAAUAGGAGGUUGCAUAUCUGCGUUUUGUAAUGGAUACGAGAUGUUCAUUGCCGGUCGCUUGAUUCUCGGUUUCGGUAACAGUUUAUCGCAAAUGGCCUCUCCCCUACUGCUCACCGAGAUCUGUCAUCCUCAACAUCGUGGACCUGUCACGGCCGUCUACAACUGCUUAUGGAAUCUAGGCGCUCUUCUAGUUGCCUGGGUCGGUUGGGGCACCGCGCAGAUCCGUAACGAUUGGAGUUGGAGGUCGAUAACCCUGAUCCAAAUCCUGCCCUCUUUAAUCCAGAUUAUUUUCAUCUAUUGGAUCCCUGAGUCGCCGCGAUAUCUCAUGGCGAAGGACCGGCAUGAAGAGGCGCUCGAUAUCUUAGCUAAAUAUCACGCUGGCGGCGAUAAGAAUGAUGUUCUAGUCCAGUUUGAGUUCCGCGAGAUUAAAGAGACGAUGCGAAUGGAGAAACAAGUUGCCCGCGCUGCCGGUUAUCUCGACUUUUUACGCACCAAGGGUAACCUAUGGCGGCUGGCCAUCCUCGUCUCCCUAGGCGUCAUCUCCCAGUACAGCGGAAACGCGCUCUUUUCUAAUUAUAUGGAUACCGUCUACGAGGGGGCUGGAAUCAGGGUCCAAGAUCAAAAGCUUGCUUUAAGCGGCGGCAAGACAAUUCUUGACCUUAUAGUGACAAUAUUAGCUGCCUUGAAUGUCGAUAGGUUCGGACGACGGCCGCUAUUCUUAAUUUCCACGUCGGGCAUGGUAGUCUCGUUCGUGAGCUGGACCAUCUGUGGUGCUAUUUACGAGAAUUCAAAUAUGACCAACGCCGCUUCUGGAUAUGCGCAGCUGGUAUUUAUCUGGUUGUUCGGUAUAUUCUACGAUAUCGGCUUCUCAGGCCUGUUGAUAGCCUACGCGCUCGAAGUCCUACCUUUUAAGCUACGUGCUAAGGGGAUGAUGAUCAUGAAUAUUACAGUGCAGGCUAUCCUCGCAUUGAGUAAUCAGACUAACAAGAUCGCCUGGAAUAAAUUCCCAAAGCACUGGAACUUUAUGCUUUUCUAUACUCUCUGGGAUUUCUGCGAACUGGCUUUCGUUUAUUUCUUUUACGUUGAGACGAAGGGACCCACGUUGGAAGAGAUCGCAUGGAUCUUCGAUGGCGCAGAUGCAGUCGCCAACAUCGAUAUACGACAAGUUGAGAAGGAAAUGCAUGAGAUUGAGCGAGAACAAAGCAUCGAUUCGAGGGCUAUAUCGUCGAGAGGGAAGGGAGCUGUUUAA